AUGUCCUAUUUCACCAAUAGCUCCAAAGGCACCGGCGGCUCGAGUAAGGCCUUGAGCGGCUCUGACUUUGAACCCAACACCUUCAGCCGUCUCAAUGUUGUCGUCGUCGGUGGUGGUAUAGCGGGGUUGCCCGCGACGCUCGGCCCAAGGAAACAAGGUCACCUUGUCACAAUUCUUGAGCAGUCGGACUCUUCGGAUGAGGAUGGCGCCCCUCUCGAUCUCACGCCGAACGCCAACGACAUUCUCAAGAGAUUCGGUGUGCACGUGGAGAACCUUGGAGGAACUGGCGGCGCAGCAACUAGCAAUGGCGUCCAUCAAACCAUCCACAACGCAGCUUCGACCAAGCUGUGGCAACAUGUGCCGGAACUGCCGCGAUGGCACAACGAGAGAGUCGUUCUUAUCGGCGAAGCCGCCCAUGCAUACGGUUUGCGACCAGUGUACAGUGCUGGACAGGCUCUGGAAGAUGCGGCCGCGCUGGCGGCGCUACUACUGCUCGAAGUGAGUGCUGAUCAAGUGCCGGAAGCGCUCCAGUUUUACCAGGAAUUCCGCACUUUCACGUACUGUGCUCGAUGGAUUCUUGCCCGAGGGCUUCAGCUUCCGCUCUCGCGGGUCCGCGUGGCCGAGGCGUCGUGGAUGACUGGGAUAGUGACUGGCAUGGACUGGCUGCUGGGCGGCGCCGGAUACAAUCACACGGCGCUCUUGCUUCAUGGCGUCGACUGCGUCGCCGACGUCCAGUAUCCCAUUUAUUCGCCGUUCGCCGGCACCAGCCGUGUCCAGACCAAGACGGCCAAGAUGGAGGUGACCAAGGACAACUCAAUCACCUAUUACCAAGGUGACGAGCUCACCCUGCCCACCUGGCACGGUUAUGUGGAUCGCUUUGCCGAAGAUGCCCUUCUACGGGGUGGUGAGCGGGUUCGCCAUGCAGGGCACCGGGGUCGAGAAGAUAACCGGGAUACCAUCCGGAUUGAAUAG